UAGGGUUGUAUCAGCGCGAGGGGACGAUUACCAUUCGCAAAACCACGUUUUGCUUAAGUUAGUAAUACUGUAACCGUUAAUUGAGUGUUCAUUGAUUGUCUGUCGCUACCUUGAUGCAAUCUGUUAUUCUUUCAGGCCUACCGCUGAUUAAAUAGUGUAGCUGCUCCUGCACCGCUUAACUGUCUUGACUGUUGGUUUUCUUUCUCCCCUGGUGAUUCCAUUUUACCAGCAGUAUAAUUAGCAUCAUCUCCUCCUCUUUGGAGUGAUCUCAUCCUUGUUCUCUUCCAAGUAUCUUUAAUGCACCUAAUACUUCAGAGUUUUUAAGUGGCUGGAGACAAGAACUUAAGCAGGGGAUGCAUUUGAACUCGGUUCAAGAGCUGUUGUCUGCUUGGAUUUAGGGUUUAAAUUUCCCCAGAAAUUGCUUCAUUUGUCAGAGGUUCUUUGUUGCUUGAAGGUUCAAUUAUGGAAGCAAAUGGUGUUUUAUGGGAAUGGAGAGAGGGAAGGAAACCCAAGGCGCUGUUGGGGGUAAGUGGUCCGUAGCAGCGAGACUGCACCGAGCGCUGCUCCUCUUCUGUCUCCAACGUGUGACCCAACGUGUCCAGAGUAACCGCGGCUUUUCCCAAAGGACGGGACUCGUGGCAUAACGCGGUGUGGUUUUGCGUAUUCAAGUGUUUCUUCUCCACCAGACUUUGCAGGAAAUGGUGAAGAUUUGCAGUGGGCUUUCCUGAAAGCAUGGGCUGGUCUUUAACGUCUUUUUGCCGUGUUUGGUGGACUCGAGCGCCUUGGAAAGAUUAAUUAACCCUAGAGUUAUGUCAUGCCCAGACCACCAAAGGGCUCCAUGAGGAUUUAUAGAAGAUGCCCCGUGUCUUGGCGCCUCUGGUGCUCGUUCUGCUGUGGCUGAUGAAGAUCGCAGCCAGCCCCCAUUCCCUGAGGAUCGCCGCCAUCCUGGAUGACCCCAUGGAGUGCAGCAGAGGGGAGAGACUCUCCAUCACCCUGGCCAAGAACCGCAUCAACCGUGCGCCCGAGCGGGCGGGCAAAGCCAAAGUGGAGGUGGACAUCUUCGAGCUGCUGCGGGACAGCGAGUAUGAGACGGCAGAAACCAUGUGCCAGAUUCUCCCCAAAGGAGUGGUGGGUGUCCUGGGACCUUCCUCAAGCCCAGCCUCCAGCUCCAUUAUCAGCAAUAUCUGCGGGGAGAAAGAGGUUCCUCACUUCAAAGUGGCACCAGAGGAGUUCCUGAAGCUGCAGCUCCAGCGAUUCACCACCCUCAACCUCCACCCCAGCAACACCGAUAUCAGCGUGGCCGUGGCAGGAAUCCUCAAGUUCUUUAACUGCACCACCGCCUGCCUCAUCUGUGCCAAAGCUGAAUGCCUUUUAAACCUAGAGAAGUUGCUUCGGCAGUUCCUCAUCUCCAAGGACACGCUCUCGGUUCGGAUGCUGGAUGACAGCCGGGAUCCCACCCCUCUCCUAAAAGAGAUCCGAGACGACAAAACAGCUACCAUCAUUGUACAUGCCAACGCCUCCAUGUCCCACACCAUUUUGCAGAAGGCAGCUGAACUGGGAAUGGCGUCUGCCUAUUACACGUAUAUCUUCACUAAUCUGGAGUUUUCCCUGCAGCGCCUGGACAGCCGGAUGGACGACCGAGUCAACAUCCUGGGCUUUUCCAUUUUCAACCAGUCUCACGCUUUCUUUCAAGAGCUCGUCCAGAGCCUCAACCAGUCCUGGCAGGAGAACUGCGAUCACGCUCCUUUUACCGGGCCAGCGCUCUCCUCCGCCCUGCUGUUCGAUGCCGUGUAUGCCGUGGUGACCGCCGUGCAGGAGCUGAACCGGAGCCAGGAGAUCGGGGUGAAGCCGCUGUCCUGUGGGUCUGCCCAGAUCUGGCAGCACGGCACCAGCCUGAUGAACUACCUGAGAAUGGUAGAAUUGGAAGGUCUCACCGGCCACAUCGAGUUCAACAGCAAAGGUCAGCGAUCCAACUACGCCCUGAAGAUCCUGCAGCACACGCGCAGCGGCUUCCGACAGAUCGGCCACUGGCACGUUUCUGAAGGACUCAGCAUGGACAACAGGAUCUUCUCCUCCAACAUAUCAGACAGUCUGUUCAACACCACCCUCAUUGUCACCACCAUCCUGGAAAACCCUUACUUAAUGCUGAAGUGGAACCAUCAGGAGCUGGAGGGCAACGACCGCUACGAGGGCUUCUGCGUGGACAUGCUGAAGGAGCUGGCCGAGAUCCUGCGUUUCAACUAUAAGAUCCACCUCGUUGGCGAUGGUGUGUACGGAGUCCCCGAGGCGAAUGGCACAUGGACAGGGAUGGUCGGGGAGCUGAUUGCUCGGAAAGCCGAUCUGGCCGUGGCGGGGCUGACAAUUACAGCGGAGCGAGAGAAGGUGAUUGAUUUCUCUAAGCCGUUCAUGACUUUGGGAAUUAGCAUUCUCUACCGAGUUCAUAUGGGCCGCAAACCCGGCUACUUCUCGUUCCUGGAUCCCUUUUCCCCCGGGGUUUGGCUCUUCAUGCUGCUCGCCUACCUGGCCGUCAGCUGUGUCCUCUUCUUGGUGGCUCGAUUGACGCCGUACGAGUGGUACAGCCCCCACCCCUGCUCGCAAGGCCGGUGCAAUCUCCUGGUGAAUCAAUACUCUCUCGGCAACAGCUUGUGGUUUCCAGUCGGGGGGUUCAUGCAGCAGGGCUCCACCAUCGCCCCCCAAGCCUUGUCCACGCGCUGCGUCAGCGGCGUCUGGUGGGCGUUCACCUUGAUCAUCAUCUCCUCCUACACGGCCAACCUGGCUGCCUUCCUCACCGUGCAGCGCAUGGAUGUCCCCAUCGAAUCCGUAGAUGACCUGGCUGACCAGACAGCCAUCGAGUACGGCACCAUUCAUGGCGGCUCCAGCAUGACCUUCUUCCAAAACUCGCGCUACCAGACGUACCAGCGGAUGUGGAACUACAUGUACUCCAAGCAGCCCAGUGUCUUUGUGAAGAGCACGGAGGAAGGGAUCGCGCGCGUGCUGAACUCCAAUUACGCCUUCCUGCUGGAGUCCACCAUGAACGAGUAUUAUCGUCAGCGCAAUUGCAACCUCACGCAGGUCGGGGGCCUUCUGGACACCAAGGGCUACGGGAUUGGCAUGCCCGUCGGCUCUGUGUUCCGUGACGACUUUGACCUGGCCAUUCUGCAGCUGCAAGAGAACAACCGCCUGGAAAUCCUGAAGCGAAAGUGGUGGGAAGGAGGCAAGUGCCCCAAAGAGGAGGACCACAGAGCCAAAGGCCUGGGAAUGGAGAAUAUUGGUGGAAUCUUCGUGGUUCUCAUCUGUGGCUUAAUUGUAGCAAUUUUUAUGGCAAUGCUGGAGUUUUUAUGGAGCCUUCGGCACUCUGAACAGUCAGAGGUGUCGGUGUGCCAAGAAAUGGUGACGGAGCUGCGCAACAUCAUCCUCUGCAAGGACAGUUUCCACCCUCGGCGGAGGCGAGGGGGGAUGAUACGGACUCGCCCCGUUAUCCCGGAGGAACGCCGAGCCCGCAGCACAACCACGCUCAGCAACGGGAAGCUGUGCAGUGGCGGGGAGCCAGAUCCGCUGGCACAAAGACUGGCGCAAGAAGCCGCCCUGGUCGCCCGAGGGUGCACGCACAUCCGAGUGUGCCCCGAGUGCCGCAGGUUUCAGGGGCUCCGGGCACGUCCGUCCACGGGCUCACCCGCGCAGAGCGAAGAGAGCCUGGAGUGGGAGAAAACCACCAACAGCAGCGAGCCCGAGUAACGCUGGGGCGGGAGGGGCGCCGGGGUGGGCCGAGAGGGUCCUGUUCCAUUUUACAGAACACGGACUUGUACAAUAUCAACUCGUUUUUUAAAUUAAAAGCAGUUACCCAGCUUCUCCAGAGCAAGGUGGACCUGUGGGCUGAGGCGCAGACCUGGCUUUGGUUUCGGUGUCCCAGGGGACGCGCAUCUUGCCGAAACCCCAAGCAGGAGCGAGUUCGUCCGGCUGACCUGUCUCCUAGAAUUGUCCCCGUGCCACCGCGCAGCUCUGGGACGGGAUGGAGGGACCUGGUGCGUAACUGGUGUAGCAGAUGCAGCCCACCCAGGGGCAAGAACGGCUCGUGGAACUUCACCGCAGGCCAGGAGAAAGGACAUAGACUUACCGAGGGAUGUUCUCCAAGGGCGGGGGGGAGGGCCUUCUUAUUUGGUGUGGAAAAGGGAUGGGAAGGGAAGAGUCAUUAUUUUGUUUGGGUUUAUUUUGGGUACGUCAGGACCUAGUCUCCAAGGCACCAGGUUUCAGGUGCUGAACUCUUCUUCCUUUUUGGAACGUGGCAGGUGGACCGAGGGAGGGAAGGAGGGAUGGGACACACUCCCUGUGAGAAGCAGCAUUUGCUGAAAAGUCUGUUUGAGGAGUUGUUAAAAUAAAUAUAUAUAAAUAUAUAUAUAUACAAACUUAUAUAUAUAUAUAUAUUACAAUGCCAAAAACGAACCAACCAACACAGUGAACUCAAAGAGGCCUUGAAACGCCUGGAAUUUCAGGGGUUCUGUGUCUUUUGUUUAGUUCUGGGGUUAUUUUUAUUUUCUUUUCUGGUUUUGGGGUGCGGGUGGGGGAACCUUUUGAGGCAGGUGAGGUGGGAGCUGCCCUGUCCCACCAAAGCGUCCGCGGCCCGCGCUCUGCACGUCCCCAAACAAGCGACUCUGAGCUCUGUGGCCCAUGGAGCGUCAUCAGACUCAAGGGUGACUUGCAGCCCAUUUCUAGCAGCGACCAUGAAGGAAACCAUUAGCCUGGGAUCUGGUGUGAGGAAAACAGUGACUUCCCUAGCAACAGCAGCAGCUCACCCUCUGCUUGGUACAGACGUGGGUUUUACACGGAUGGGUUUAAUUUUCUGAUAGAAAAAAACACAAAUUCUAUGCAAUUUCUGGUUGUAAAAAGAAAGAGACGGCGAUGGAGAGGGGCAGGGGAGAUAAAGCCUUGAGUGAAGGUACAUCCUGUUCUUGAAUUGUUUUCUUUUCUUUUUGUCUUGAAUGUACUGAAAUAAAAGAUGUCCUUGUAUAA